AUGGGCAGACUAUCCCACGAAUCUUCCAGAUCGUCUAUCGACACCACCUCGAAUGGUGAGGGCCUACCGCUGUACUCCGACAUCACCGUCACCUCGCCUGGAGAGCUCACUGUACCUGCCGAGAAAGCAACGCCAGAUGAGGUUCGCGAAUUUCUCGUGAAGCUACUCGUCCAAAACAGAGGGCUCCACCAAGACCAUGCAAGACGUGUUGCUUCGAAAUGGACUCUAGGCACUGGUCGCGAGUUGAUCAGUUAUCCUCCUCUCCUCUACGCCGAGAUCUUUGGUCUUGAGGAUGCAUGGAUGGUCUACAAAGAAGCCAAAGUCUUCAUCCGCACAGAAAAGAAGAAGGGAAAGCUGUCAGAUGCGUGUAAGUAA